CAGGGUAGGUUGCGGUCUGUGUGUGUAUGUGGAGGAGGCAGUAGUCGCAGCCCACCUGGCCCGGAGGCUGGUCAGGAGGUAGGAGUCGCAGGAUGGAUGCAGCUACUCUGACCUAUGAUACUCUCAGGUUUGAGUAUGAAGACUUCCCUGAGACCAAAGAGCCUGUUUGGAUACUGGGGAGAACAUACAGUGUGUUCACAGAGAAAGAGGAGAUCCUGUUGGAUGUGACAUCUCGGCUUUGGUUCACAUACAGAAAGAACUUUCCUGCCAUUGGAGGAACAGGCCCCACGUCUGAUACCGGCUGGGGCUGCAUGUUGAGGUGUGGUCAGAUGAUCUUCGCUCAGGCAUUGGUCUGCCGGCACUUAGGCAGAGAUUGGAGGUGGGUGAAAGGGAAGAGGCAGACGGAUAAUUACUUCAACAUACUUAAUGCCUUCAUUGACAAAAAAGACAGCUACUACUCCAUCCACCAGAUAGCCCAGAUGGGAGUUGGAGAGGGCAAAUCGAUAGGCCAGUGGUACGGACCAAACACAGUUGCACAAGUGCUCAGAAAACUUGCCACUUUUGAUACAUGGAGCUCAUUGGCAGUGCACAUAGCCAUGGACAACACUGUAGUGAUGGAAGAAAUCAGACGGUUAUGCAAGUCCAAUUCCUUGUGUGCUGGGGCUGCAGCGUUCCCUGCUGCAGAGUCAGACCUGCUCUAUAAUGGGUUCCCGGUUGGAGCAGAGGUUACAGAUAGGUUGUCGCAAUGGAAACCAUUGGUGCUCCUGAUACCUCUUCGCCUUGGGCUCACGGAUAUCAAUGAAGCUUAUAUUGAAACACUAAAGCACUGCUUCAUGAUGCCUCAGUCCCUGGGAGUGAUUGGAGGGAAACCCAACAGUGCUCAUUACUUCAUUGGCUAUGUAGGUGAGGAGCUAAUUUACUUGGACCCCCAUACUACACAACCUGCAAUGGAACCCAGUAACAAUGGCUGUAUCCCUGAUGAGAGCUUCCACUGUCAGCACCCCCCCUGCCGAAUGAGCAUUGCUGAACUUGACCCAUCCAUCGCAGUGGGCUUUUUCUGCAACACAGAGGAAGACUUUAAUAACUGGUGCCAGCAAAUCAAAAAGCUGUCCCUGCUAAGAGGAGCUCUGCCAAUGUUUGAACUGGUAGAACAUCAGCCAUCACACUUUUCCAGCCCUGAUGUUCUGAAUCUCACACCAGACUCUUCUGAUGCAGACAGGUUGGAAAGAUUCUUUGACUCGGAGGAUGAAGACUUUGAAAUCUUAUCUCUUUGAAAAUAGAUAGGAAACUGACUGCACGUCUAUGUUGUGUGUGGGGUGUGUGUGUGGGGGGGAAGAAGUUCCUUCAAGCACAUGGGCCCUUACUGGUUUUCAUAGGUGCUUGGUGACUUCCCUGCCUCCCAUCCAUCCCAGCAUUCUGUGCAGUCUCAAGCACAGUGUGCACUGUCUGCAUUGGGAUCAAGAAACAAGUCAUCAUUAAGGCUUCAGUGGCCAGAGUCAGGAUUUCUCAGCGCAAAACACGUGCAAGAAGUGGAUGCAGUGGUGCCAAGGAGUUCAAAGUUUUGUUUGUUGCAGC